AAGGUCGUUGUUUUUGUAAAUAUCGCAUCAAUUCGCGUUGUGUGAAUUUGUUUUGUACCCGCAGACUUUAUUUUGGGAUUAAAUUCAAAAUAAACGUUUCUUUCGGAAAAGAUAAAAUGUUACCCGCCUCAAAGAUAUAUCAAGUCAAGAUAGUCACGUCCCCGGAACGAGUGAAAGAGUCCCGUCAAGUACCGAGUGACCAUUCACCACAGGCCGUUUUCAACCCGCUAAGCAGUUUCGUACCUCAGCACUCUGAAUAUUGAUUAAUAAGUGGCAGAAUAAACACACGUUUCAUCUGAUAAUCAUUGGAUUUGAUUAACGAAUGGAAGUAAUUCAACAAUGCCGGCCGUUAAGCGGUGAACCGACGCCGGAAGCUGUGGAGGGGUUCCUCUCUCGCUCUGACGCUGCGGGGGUUCAGAACGUGCCGCUCUCCGAGCUGAUGGCCGUCCACGUUCAAACCAAUGUUCAAGGAACAGAAUUACUUUCAUGACUUCGGGGACAACUUUGAGACGUUUUAUGGGAGUUUGAGAGUGAUUAGCAGUGUUUUUGUGAAACACUGGCUGGUUUCGGGAACAAGUCAGAGAGUCCAACUGCCCGGAGGAAGCUAACGUCCCGUUGGUUAACCGGUUAGCUGGUUAGCUGGUUAGUAGCGAUGAAAGCUGCUGGUGAACAAGACGUCCAAAUAAAAAGAGUGUCCUCGAGGAAACGGUCACGGGACAGCCAGAAGACUCUGCUGACGCCUACCGGGAAAAGGGGAGGAGCCAAUGGCACCAGGAGGCCCAGCCGCGUCAUGUCCGAUGGACCCGCUGCUCAGUACUGCAGCGACAGCGAGGACCUGUUCGGGGACUACGACAGCCUCCUGGAGGACAGCUCUCUGCUGGCCGGGCUGGACGAGGCCGAGCAGACGGCCCAGAAGGACUUCACCGCUCUGAGGCGCAGACAGCCGCCGGAAGACGUCCUCACGGACUCCAUCCUGGACCUCCUGGGAGACGAACCCUUGGAGGACUUACCCGCCAGCCAGCGGCAGCUCAAAGAACUAACGGACGGAGCGGCAGAGAGUGACCGGCUGCAGGGCGGAGGGAAGACCUCCGCCCCCCUCAGAGACCCUGAGAGGAGUACGGAGGAGGGCACCAGGAGGCCCAGGAGGAGCGUGGCGGACCAGAUGAAGAGGACGAUGCUCUGCAACGCAGCUGCUCCCUCCAGCGUCUCGCGCAGCGCCGCGCUGAAGGAAGCCGUGGUCUCCAAGGAGAUCGGCGUCGCCAUGCGGGCCCUGGAGGCCGUGAGGCCGGAGAGCCCGGACCUCGGGCCUUUCUUUGGGCUCCCCACCAGAGUGAAGGAGCUGAUGUUCAAACUGAGAGGAAUCAAGUCUUUAUAUGCCUGGCAGGAGACGUGUCUGAACCUGGACUGUGUUCAGCAGAGGAGGAACCUGAUCUACUCUCUUCCCACCAGCGGAGGGAAAACUCUGGUUGCAGAGAUCCUGGUCCUCCGAGAGCUGCUGUGCAGGAGGAAAGACUGCCUGUUCAUCCUCCCGUACAUAUCGCUGGUGCAGGAGAAGGUGCGUGGCCUAGCGAGCUUGGGCCUGGAGCUGGACUUCAUGGUGGAGGAGUACGCUGGCAGUAAAGGAAGAUUUCCUCCCGUGAAGAGAAGAAACAAUAAAUCGGUGUACAUCGCCACGAUAGAGAAAGCCCACAGCCUCGUCAACUCCCUGAUCGAGACCGGCAGGGUGGACGACCUGGGUCUGGUGGUGGUGGAUGAGCUUCACAUGCUGGGUGACGGCAGCAGAGGAGCCAUCAUUGAGAUGACGCUGGCCAAAGUCCUCCACACGACCAAAAGUACUCAGAUUAUCGGAAUGAGCGCCACUCUGGGAAACAUCAAGGACCUGCAGGCCUUUUUGAAGGCGGACAAUUACACCAAUGACUUCAGGCCUGUGCAGCUAAAGGAGUAUGUCAAACUGAACGACACCAUCUAUGAAGUCGACCAAACGGAAGAGGAGUGUUUUAAAUUCUCACGUGUUCUCAACUUUAAGUACUCCAGCGCCAUGAAGAAGACGGAUCCGGACCACAUCAUCGCUCUGGUGACCGAGGUCAUCCCAGCACAUUCCUGUCUGGUCUUCUGUCCCACCAAGAAGAACUGUGAGAACGUUGUGGCCAUGAUCUGCAAGUACCUGAAGAAGGAGUUCCUGCUGCUCCGUGAGGAGGAGCGGGCGCUGCUCCUCAGGGAGCUGAAGGCCAGUGGGAGGGGCUCCGUGUGCCCGGUGCUGCGCCGCACGGUGCCCUACGGCCUGGCCUACCACCACAGUGGGCUCACCGCGGAGGAGCGCCGGCUGCUGGAGGAGGCCUACUCCUCCGGGGUGCUCUGCCUCCUCACCUGCACCUCCACGCUGGCAGCCGGGGUCAACCUACCUGCACGCAGAGUGAUCCUGCGCUCGCCCUUCGUGGCCGCUGACUUCCUGAGGAGGAGCCAGUACAAACAGAUGGUGGGCCGAGCCGGUCGGGCCGGCAUCGACUCCACGGGGGAGAGCGUCCUCAUCCUGCAGGACAAGGACAGGGUGCUGGCCAGGACCCUGCUGUGUGCCCCCAUGGAGAGCUGCUUCAGCGGCCUGCUGCUGUCCAAUGAGAAAGGCCUCCUGAGUCUCAUCCUGUCGCUGGUUGGCUUGAACAUCUCCUCGUCGGUGGACCAGCUGCUGGACUUCCUGUGCGGCACGCUGCUGUUCGUCCAGCGGGGGCAUCUGUGUGCCGACACCAGUCUGACGGAGGCGGUGCGGCGCUGCGUGGACCUCCUGCAGAGCAAAGACCUCCUCACGGGGUCGGGGGCGGAGCAACAGCUGCAGGUCACCAAGCUGGGCAGGGCCACCUAUAAAGGCUCCGUGGACCUGGCCUACAGCAGUGUGCUCUACAAGGACCUGUCUCUGGGCCUGGAGGGCCUGCUGCUCAGCAGCUGCCUCCACCUGGUCUACCUGGUCACCCCGUACAACAUGGUCGCUCAGUGCAAGCCGGACUGGAUGGUGUACUUCAGACAGUUUAUGCUGCUGUCGGCUGCAGAGCAGAAGAUGUCUGCAGCCGUCGGCGUGCCGGAGAGCUUCAUCACCAGGAAAGCUGCAGGACAGACAGUGAGGAAGACUGUCAACAUGCAGGUGGUGGGCCGCAUGUACCUGGCCCUGGUGCUGUCCUCCCUGCUGAAGGAGAGCAGCGUAUGGAACGUGGCCGAGCGCUUCCAGCUGAGUCGAGGCUUCCUCCAGAGUCUGCUGAGCUGCUGCUCCGCCUUCUGCUCCUGUGUGCUGCACUUCACACAGGAGCUGGAGGAGUUCUGGCCCUUCCGGGCUCUGCUGGUGGAUCUGACCCGGAGGCUGAGCUACUGUGUGGCGGCGGAGCUCGUCCCUCUGAUGGAGGUGGCUGGGGUCCUGGAGUCCAGGGCCCGGCAGCUCUACGGGGCCGGCUUCAGGACUCCGGCCCACCUGGCCAACGCUGACGUGGACCUGCUGGCCAACGCCAUCGGAGACCUGAGGGGGCGGGCCCACCAGAUCAGGGCCUCGGCUCGGAUGACGUCUCUGUGUGUUCCAGAUGCUGCUGAAUGAAAAGGCUGCAGCUCUCCAGGAGGAAGUGGACGAGCUGCUGAUGAAGCCUUCAGAUCUGCCUACAGCUGAAACACAACGACUCAUCUGAGUUUAUUAUCACGAGAAGUUUUAUUCUCUUUGUUUUUGUUUUUUACUGUUCAUUUGAUUUAAAACUUAUUAAAAUAAUGUACAACGAAGACUCAA